AUGACCUUUUGCUCAGUCCUAGCGCAGGAGGAAUUGUUAAAAAUAGUAUAUAUAACCUUCAGUACACAAGAUAGAAGAAUCCAUGCCCCUGCUGUCCAGUAUAUAAUGACAGGAGAUAUAAACUACUUGAGAUACAUGAUUUCAUUUACACUGCCAGCUGGUAUGCCUGUUGAUGUUCUAAUACAGGUGCUGGAUCAAUAUGCUAAGGUUGGUGAGAUUGAGAUAGUGCAUGCAAUUGAAUCAGAAGGAGAGAAUGUUGUUUUACCUUUCAACCCUAAAUCACGAUAUGUUGUAUAUGCUCAAUUCGAUAGUGAAGAGCAUGCACUUGAACAUAUGAGGCUAUCAAGAAAUGCAAAGAUAUUGUUGUGAAGCCGUUAA